AUGUCUGCCAAGAAGCGCACGAUAGAUGCAUUCUUCGGGGUUCCCAAGGCCAAGUCCAAUGUAGAUGAGAUCGUCAAAAAGGCUCGUACCUCCACGACAGAUGCAAUAGUCGGCGGUGAGGCGAAUGAGGACAAGGUUUUUGGUAGUUUUGACAUUAUUCAAUACAGCCAACACCCAAACUAUCCAUUUCCAAUAGCACACCUACCCGACCCAUUAUCCAAUGAGUUACCAUCACUGCCGUCGAGUAUAGGACGAUCCAUGACAGAUCAGCCGGAUCUAGACCUUCUCUACUUUGAGCCAUAUUUCCCACGCUCAUCAGCCAAGCAGUUAUUCGAGUUCUUGCGGAGCAGUUUGCCGUUUUACCGGGUAGAGUACGACAUCAAUAGGGGCGGGAUAUCAACACACAUCCGUACUCCGCGAUGGACGACAGUAUUUGGCUUGGAUGAAACAAGCCGUUUUGCUAGUAGCAACGACAGCAACGACAUUGCCACAAACGACAUUGUAGACGUCAAGACGGGUCGCAAGGUCGUUGGGGACCGGUUCUAUGACAAGUACCCGCCGCGACCAAUACCGCAGUGCCUGGACGCGCUGCGCCAGAGCUGCGAGGCCGCGACGGGCUGCAAGUUCAAUUUCUGCCUCGUCAACUACUAUGCCGGUGGCGCCGACAGUAUCUCGUAUCACAGCGAUGAUGAGCGGUUCCUCGGCCCGCUCCCGGCCAUUGCGAGCUUCUCCCUCGGCGCCCGCCGUGACUUUUACAUGAAGCACAAGCCGCCGCCCAAGGCGAACCAAACGCCUAGUUCGGCCGUGGCCGCGGAGCAGGGGGACGCAAAGCCGCUGAAAUUGCCACUUGGGAGUGGUGAUAUGAUCCUGAUGCGUGGGACAACCCAGGCAAACUGGUUGCAUUCAAUACCCAAACGCUCUGGGAAGAACGCCGAGGACGGAGGCCGCAUCAAUAUUACUUUUCGACGGGCAAUGGUCAAGGCCGGCACCGAAAACUACUAUAAUUACAAUGUAGGCACGGGACCGGUGUAUAGGUGGGAUACCGUGAAUCGAGAGAUGAGAAAAUGGGACAAGCCGUUGCCAUGA